AUGCCUUGUCGCGCAGAGAUCCUCGCCCUCUCAGCCCUAUUGCUGCAGGUCCUUCCUGCCGUGGCACAUCCAGCUGCUGGGGGAAUUCCAGGAUGGUCUGGAAGCAGCAAUGGAGUUGGAAACGCUGGAAACGUUGAUAUCAGCCCUGAUGAUCAUGACUAUGACUAUGGCCUGGCCUAUGAGUUUACCCACGGCCCUCAGCAGGGCGCUGGUGACGGACCGGAUGACCACUGCGGCGGAGGACACGGAGGGAAUGGAGGCCAUGGCGGUGGUGGUCAAGGAGGAAAUGGUGGUGAUGGGGGUUAUUUUCCCACCGUGACCGUGAGUGACUGCACCUCCGCGGGUCCUACGUCAACAGUCACUAUCACUAUUGACGGUGACGGUAGCGGCACAGCUACUAUCACAGAGACUGUGAGCUCCUGCACAGCGACAGUGACAGAGGACAAUGGCCUGACUCCUAAUACCGUGACGGUGACCGAUACUUUGAUCUCGAGUGUCACCGAGUGUACCGCGACAUCCACGGACAUCACCACCGUGACCGUCGACGGAUCUACCACGACCGAAGUUAUCACCACCGCUGGCCCCACGGUGACCUCAACAGUGACAACCGGAGGCGAAACAGUAACUGAACCUGGAUCCACCUCAACCGAGACUGUCACCGAGACAUCAACCUCCAUUGACACCACCACCAUCACAAACAUGCAGGUAAUCACCUCGACCUCGACCGUCACGAAGACAGACACUCUCGAAGUCACAACCACGGUGACAUCCGAUGACUGCUCAAACACCGGCGGAGGCGGCGGCAACACUAUCGACUACGGCACCUGCUCAGACCCUUAUAUCCUGUACGAGUACGGUCUCGAUGGUCGCACCGAGUACGCCUACACCACCCGCAACCAGGCAGACUUCCCCUUCGGUUCCUCGCCGACUAUCGGUAGUGUGGACGAUUUGAUCUGCAACCGCCUGCGCAGCCCGUGCAAUGCGCCCCAGGCCACUAUUGAUCUCUGCUACGAGGCGGAGGAUGCUGUGGCUAACCUUUCUGGCCAGGAGGCUGCUGAUGUGUGGAAUGCUAUGAUGACGUAA